UAAAUAGGCGAAUCAAAACUUGUUAAAUCAUAGUUUACAGAACUAGACUACAACAAAACCAUCAAAAUGUUCAAAGCUAUUGUAUUUGCUGCCAUUUUGGCCUUAGCCGUUGCUGCUCCAGAACCAAAACCAAAACCAGGAGUAAUUGCAACAUCUUACACUGCUGGAGUUGUUGGAACCCCAUAUUACACAGCCCCCGUUGUUUCUGCUUAUUCAUCCCCCGUUGUAUCUGCAUACUCAUCUCCAGUUGUAUCUGCAUACCCAUCUCCAGUUGUAUCUGCUUACAGAGCUCCAGUUGUAUCUACAUAUGGCGCAGUUCCAACUUAUGGACAUUCCGUGGUUGUAGCUUAAUUAAUUUUGUGACGAUUUGGCAAUUACACUUAAUUACGAAUAAAAUAAACAAUUUAAUUGUGAAAAAAUA